UUCCUUCAAUAAUCACACUUCGCCUGUCGGAGGUAUAGCGGAAGGGUGGCGACCUAUAGCUUGUCAACACGUUGUGUGUGCUAGUUCCAGGGCCAGAGAUCAUCUCUCCUAAUAGGUCAACUCUCAAGCGCUUUCACACCCGAUCUGACAUUUCUGUACGCAUUACUGGUGCGAAAAAUACUGAAUAUUGAUGCUAUGGCCUGUUGUCCACCCCCCAAUUUUUCAUGGGUCGAGCCUAAGAAAUUGGCUGGAUUGGCAUGUCCUCAACUGACUGCCCACUACCAGUACCUACUGGACAAUGGCAUUCAACAUCUGGUGUGUUUGUGUGAGAGAAAACCUCCGAACUAUGAUACUGUCCCUGGAGUGAAACUACACCACAUUAAUAUAACUGACUUCAGCCCACCAACUCCAGAGCAAAUUCAGAGGUUUCUGUCCAUAGUGGAGCAAGCAAAUGCCAAAAGUGAGGGUGUAGCUGUCCACUGUAUGCAUGGGCAUGGCAGGACAGGGACAAUGCUGGCCUGCUAUCUGGUGAAAACUAGGAAAAUGUCAGGCAUUGAUGCCAUCAAGGAGAUCAGAAGAAUACGUCACGGCUCAAUAGAGACUCAAGAACAAGAAAAGGCAGUGGUGCAGUUCUACCAGCGCACAAAAUAACUUAUGUUAAAAUCGUUCAGGUUUAAGUCAUUUUUAAACUUGCUAUAAUAGUGUACACUGAUCCUAAAUGGCACACUUUGUUGCCAAAAGUAGUGGCCAAAUGUAAAUGUAUUGUAGCUUUAUAGAUUGAAAUAGUCAGUGCUUCAUAAUUCCUAAUAAAGCCUUUGAU